CAAUUUCUGUAAAAUGCAACAAGCUGCAAGUGGGCUUUGCUCCGAAGACGGAAGGUAAAUGGGCCAACGAGUUCGGCAUAAAAUUCCUGGUGGCAGGAUAACUGGGGAACUAAGGGUGCGGAACGGGAAUGGGCAGAGGGGAGCCGAGCCAACCCAUACGCAUAUGAUGAUGGCGAUGCCAGCGCCGACUUCUCUGUUGAUAGACUCAUCCAUCUCCAAUCCACUUACGAGCGCAAAUAUUUACACAAUUUACUCGAAAACGGAGGAGGAGGAGAAUCUAUCCUGUGCAGCCCGUUAUGCGUCGAAGGAUGUUCGUUUCGGGAACAGCCAGAUACCAGAUAUAUACCAUAGAGAGUCCCAGUCAGAGUUGGAACCAGAGAGACGGCGACAGCUCCGGCUAACAAGGGUGCCGCAUGUCCAGUUGAAAUGCCAAUGACUUGCCAUUUUCGAUGGCACUUGGCACGUCAGCGGGCCGUCACGUCAUGCGUUCCAGGCCAGAAACACCAGAAACACAGAAAACCAGGAGAGCCAGUCGCCAGAAGUACGACCCAUGGAGCAGCUAUAUCCAAAAUUCUCUUAUCAAUCGCCGGAUCGAUGGAUGGACCACACACGAAGAAGCGGUGCUGCAUUUAACAACUCCAUGGUACACAUAACACGUUCUUAUCAGCUCAGGCACCACGAACCCAGAUGGCGACUACCAAAAUGAUGAUGAUGAUGAUGAUGGCGGUGGUGGCGAUGUGAUGACUCUUACAAAACGAUGAAGACAAGCCAGGGAACUCUGGACUGACUUUUGGCUGCUCGUUGGAUGCGCACGCAUCAUCGGGUAAGCGCCACUUAUGUCACUUGUGCCGUUGAUGUAGAGAUGGAGCCUCCAAUGGAGCACAUGAGCACUCACCACAUGCAGCUCCAAAUCCAACGUAGGGUUCCAG